AGAGUGGUCAAUGUAGCAGGGAAAUUUAUCCGUGACUUAAUCACUCAACGGAUUUUAAAAAUAUUUUCUGACUUAUUAAUACCUCGUGUGUCUAUAGAGGUAGGCUGGGAAUAAUAAACAGAGAAUCGCCGAAAGGCUGCAGAAAGUGUGACGUUACUGCGCAUGACAGAAACUGUUGUCAGUCUGGUUAGCUUUUGCGCUGAUCAGUGCUACGAGAAGAACCGUCUGGCAUUAGAUUUCAUUAGCAUCCUCGUAGUGUUGAUAAGAGGAUUCCUUUUCGAAAUGGCGGAGGUUGAAGAGACUUUGAAGAGAAUUCAAAGUCAAAAAGGUGUUCAAGGGAUUAUUAUUGCUAACGCUGAAGGCAUCCCCAUUAAAACGACCCUGGAUAAUGCAAGCACAGUUCAGUAUGCUGGGCUCUUACACCAGCUUCUUAUGAAGGCGCGCAGCACAGUCAGAGAUAUCGACCCACAGAAUGACCUGACUUUCCUGAGAAUUCGCUCCAAAAAGAAUGAGAUCAUGAUCGCACCUGAUAAGGACUACUUUCUUAUUGUCAUUCAGAACCCUUCGGAAUAAGAGGACCACAUCUCACUCCCUUUUUAUGCUUUUUUUUUUAUGAUCCGUCUCAAUUAAAUGGCCAAAAGUAGUUUUACUUUGGUUUUGUUUGCUGAGAAGCAGUAGGCCUACUGUGCAUGUGCCACAAAAUGCACUUAAAAGCAAUUUGGUGUUCCAGGUUGAGCCAUAGGCCAAUAACGAACCAGUCCGUUUUGCUGCCAUUACCAUAUUGUUUGCAUGCCAUUAUAUGGGAAUCUGUCAGCUUUUGACAGGGAACUUGUCAAAUUAUGAAGAAUGGCCAGACAUAUUGGCCUAAGAUCAAGAACAUCAUAGGAGUAAAUAAUUUGUAACCUUGAAAAGCCAUGCUCUUUGAGGAUUAAAAGCAUGUAGAGAUGCAUAUUAGUGUUCCGAGUCAUUCCAGUGCUCUUCCCGCAUCAUACUUACUUAUUUAUUCAUGUUUACUCAUGUCUCUAAUAUCAAAUUGCCAAGCACCUGUCCAAGACUUCUGCUCAUAGUGGAACACUACAUACACAAGUAUUUAUGGCUGGUUUCAAGUGAUGCUUUAUGUGGUGAAGGAAUAAAGCUGCAAUAGAGAAUGUUUUGAAGA